AUGACUUCUUCCCUGACAGAUGUCUUGAUCCUCGGCGCUGGACCGGCAGGCUUGGCAGUAGCAGGAGGCCUUGCUCGUCAAUUGCACACUGCGAUAGUAUUCAACUCUUCUCAAUACCGCAAUGCGAGAGCACAACACAUGCACAAUGUACCGGGCUGGGAUCACCGUCCUCCUUCCGAGUUCCGCGACAAGGCCAGAGCAGAUAUUCUUUCGAGAUAUGAAACAAUUCAGUUCAAAGAUGUCGAAAUAUCCCAAGUCAGAAAGCUGGACACUGGCCAGUUCGAAGCCGUCGAUGCCAAUGGCGACAGCCAUGUCGGCAAGAGGCUUGUUCUUGCCACUGGUGUCCAGGAUGUCAUGCCCGAUAUACCUGGCUUUGCAGAGCUUUGGGGCACCGCAAUAUUCCACUGCCUAUUCUGCCACGGAUACGAGGAGCGUGGACAUGAUUCUGCAGGUCUACUUGCUAGUGGACCCAUGAUGAAUACCGGGAAUUCUUCUGGUGUGGCACGCAUGGCGUCACGACUGGCUGGCCAGGUCAGGAUAUACACCAACGGCAAUACAGAUUUCGGGGCAGAGGUGAGGGUGCUGCUCAAGUCAACCAAGCGGUUCCACAUUGAGAAUCGGAGAGUGGUUCGGUUUGAAAAGGAUCCCUCGGUGGGCGGGAGUGCAGGUGUGCUCGUGGUACUAGAUGACGGGACGGUGAACAAGGAGGCAUUCGUUGCUCACGCACCAGCCACAGUACAAACCGCUCCAUUUGCACAACAGCUGGGACUCGGUCUAGCACCUCAAGGCCAUGUUGAAACCAAUGCUCCUUUCAACAGCACAAGCAUUCCUGGUGUAUUUGCUGUGGGCGACUGUGCGACUUUGAUCAAGGCCGUCCCACCGUCCAUCAUGAUGGGCGGGUUGGCAGCUGCUGGCCUCGCCCAUUCACUUCAAGAGGAGGAGGAUGUCGCGGAAUAG